AAAUAUCCUGAAUGUGACUCUUUAAUUCUACGCCGUGAUGAAGCAGUCUCCUCUAAUUAUUAUCUACUCUUGUUACUAUGAUUAAGCGUAGCCUCCUAUACAUGGAUUAUGCAUAUGGACUAUAGUAUGUACAUAAACAGCCGUAAAAGGCUAGUUUACCGAAAGAGAACAUUCUGACCAAUCUCGCUCUGACAAUGACGAGGGUCAUAAAUCUAUGGCUAUGGUUGGCAGUGAUGCCUUUUCUGACCGAUCUAGUAAAAUCCGGCGUAGAGGUAACUUUCACUUCAACUCCCGAUCCUCCUACUAUUGAUGAGGGAAAUACAGUAGUCUUCAACUGUUCAUCAAAUCAUUCACUUGUCACUAUUAGUUGGUUAUUGAAUAAAACAGUAUCAGCUUCGUCACUUACUUCACGUGGUGUUAUUGUUAAUGGAGUAGGAACACCAGUGUCUUCUCUCAUUAUGCCAGGACUAGUGGAUCCAUUUAAUAACACUGAAGUACAAUGUGUUGCAUUUGGAUAUGGUAUUGGUCACUUUAGCCCAUCUUCAGUGAUACUCAGAGUACAAGGUGUAUUAUCUGAAGUUGGCAACUUAUCCUGUAAACAGACGGAUGAUGACUGUAUUGAGUGUAGCUGGGAAGCACCAUUUACUAUACAGCACUACAUUGUCAAUAUUGAUAUUGCAAAUAUUGAAAAAACUGAAACAUUAAUUUCAAACAGCACUACUGUCAGUUACUGCCCUAAACAAUAUUGUCAACAAUAUGGGCAGUAUAAUAUCAGUGUAGCUGCCGAUAGCAGUGCUGGCCUAAGUGCUGCCACGGUGUCAUUUGAUAUUGUGGAUUUAAGACCAAGUAGUACAUGGGAAAAUGUUCAUAUUUUAAAUAGCUCAACAAGACAAGGUCAAUGGAAUUUCACCUUUACUGCUUCCACCACCUCAUUCUUAGCUGGGGACUAUAACAUCAUAGCACAUUUCAAUGACACUACUAAUGCAAGUGGAAAUGCAAAAGUUAAUCAUCAAGGACAAGUGAGUGGGACUAUAAGGACAGGAAAAAUAGACAAAAGAAAAUGGAAUAUGUUGAUCAGUUUAGAGUAUGGCACUAGUAUAUUAAUAUCUGAACCAGUUGAGAUAAAUACAUUUGGAGUUCAAGAAUCAAAUGUUACAGUUGAAGACUUAAAAAUCUGUGUUGGGGUUGAAUUUAUUGAUGGAAGUGACACCAUGGAAUGUUUAGUAGAAUACAAGUGUAGCAGUGGUCAUAAUCAUGGCACUAUUAGUAUAACUAGAGAAAACCCUUGUGUUUGCACAAAAGAGGUGAACCCCAGCAAUUACACUGUCACACUUUAUGUUGGAUGUUUCAAUGAGCCAGACAAAAUUUUUGCUGUUUGGGAUAUUAUUGUGAUGGAAACAAUUUCAGUUAUAAUAUCACCAUCUUCAUCUUUUGGCUUGCCAUCCUCAACAACCCCUGCAGAUGCUAAUGAGGCGUCUUUUCCUACUGGACUAGUGAUAGCAUUAGUAUCAGUAGUCAUAUUUAUUAUCAUUGUUAUCGGAAUUGUCAUGGCUUUUUUCUCUACAAAAAAGAAUAGAUUUGGAAUAGGAAAAGCUAGCAAAAAGAAACAUGAGCAUAAUGAUAAAGAAGUAAAACUAGUUGACUUUAAUCCUAUAUAGGAAGCGUAUGCUAAUUAUUUUAAUCUCUUUAUAUCAUUACUUUGCUCAAGUUUGCUGUUGCUAUAAUUUUAAAAAUUUAGGCUGAAUCCACUCUUUGCAGUUAUACCAUGGUGUGUGGGAGGUUACCAUGGAAAGGGUUAUGGUAUAUAUCCCCAGUAUAUAUAUAUCCAUGCCUUAACCAACCUGGAAUUUCAUAGUUUACAUAAGAACAAUACUGCAAUACUAGCCGUACUACAGCUAGUAAAUCUGGUAUAUUUCGAGUGAUGGUAAUUUUUGUAUAGCAAUGUGGCAUACUAAAUUUAGAAUUGCUAAUAUUCCCUUUUUCCCUAUUAAUAUAUUAGACUAAAUAGGCAGCAUAUGAAAUUUUCCAACACCUAAAUUUUCCAUUUUGUAUUUUAUAACCAUUGAAAAUCAGUAGCUAGAUUUUUAUGCCUCCCUGUACUGGAGGUGAUUAUGGGUAUACAUGACUCCGGCUCAGUGCCGCACUUAUCUCGCGGGAGUUAGUACCCAUAACCACCUCCAGACAGGGAGGUAUCCUACACUUGUACAACCAGAGUAGUAUACUUGGACACUAAGUAUGCUCAAAGCCCCACCAACAAUAGAAGAAAAAGUGCAUAAUACUGAAAAAUCAAGGGAAUGUUUUAUACUCACUCACUAAGAAUUAUUCUGUAGUGACACAGAACAUCCCUAGAACAUUCCUGCUUAAAUCUUAAUAAUUCGGAAUACAGUUGUUUUAAAUAACAGAGGAUACAAAAGUCCUUAUCAACAUGUAAUGAUACAAAAGAAAUGUAUUCAACAAUCCCAUUGGCUAGUGGGAAGAUGAAUAAAGGUAAGACAUAAUUAAGAUAGUGUUUGCAAUAUUAAAUAUGCAUUUAAAAACUCAUUUUCAUUUUUUUCCUCUUUUUUUAUAGAAUUCUUGUAUGCUGUACUUACAUGUGACCCCUCAUUAUUGGUAGUUAAAAGAGUAUCAUGCAUCAAAGGAGUCAAUGGCAUAUUCCUGUUUUAGGAACAACAAAAAAUCUGGAGACACUGAUAAUGGCAUUAGAAUCAAUUAAUGAACAUGAACUGGCAAACAAAUUAUAAAUAAACAAAG